AUGAAUUCACCUGAACUUUGGAAGGCCCCAGAAGUACAAGUCUGCUUUGCUUUGGUUAACAACUCAUGCCCUAGAAAUGUGAGGUCUGUGCUGACUGUCUCGGCCAUGUACACGGUCAUGAUUGGUGCUAUAGUGAUGACCAUACUGGGCAACCUGGUUGUGAUCAUUGCCAUCACUCACUUCAAGCAGCUCCACACCCCAACCAACUUCCUGAUCCUCUCCAUGGCCACCACUGAUCUUCUGCUGAGCUGCGUGGUCAUGCCCUUCAGUAUGAUCCGUUCCAUCGAAUCCUGCUGGUACUAUGGAGAUCUCUUUUGCAAAGUCCACAGCUGUUGUGACAUCAUGCUCUGUACCACCUCCAUUUUUCACCUCUGCUUCAUCUCAGUGGAUCGUUACUAUGCUGUGUGUGACCCUUUGCAUUAUGUCAACAAAAUUACCAUCCCCGUCAUAGAGGUCUUUCUGCUCAUCAGUUGGUCUAUUCCCAUCUUUUUUGCCUUUGGCCUGGUAUUCUCAGAAUUAAACAUCAUUGGUAUAGAAGAUUUUGUUGCAGCCAUUGACUGCACUGGUUUGUGUGUGUUGAUAUUUAACAAGCUCUGGGGAGUUUUGGCUUCCUGUAUAGCCUUCUUUCUCCCUGGGACAGUAAUGGUUGGGAUUUACAUACACAUUUUCACAGUAGCCAGGAAGCAUGCUAAGCAAAUCCACAUGGGUCCUAUGAGGAAAGAGGUUGGGUCAGAAGGGAGAAUGAAAGCAUCAUCCAAAACAGAGAGCAAGGCCACCAAGACUUUAAGCAUAGUCAUGGGAGUGUUUGUGCUGUGCUGGCUGCCCUUUUUCCUCUUGACAAUUACAGACCCUUUCAUUAAUUUUACAACUCCCGAAGAUGUAUAUAAUAUCUGCCUUUGGCUGGGUUAUUUCAAUUCCACUUUCAAUCCCAUCAUAUAUGGCAUGUUUUAUCCUUGGUUUCGAAAGGCAUUGAGGAUGAUCAUCACAGGAAUAAUCUUCCGCCCCGACUCUUCCACCCUAAACCUGUUUCCUGGACAUGCUUAG